AUGCCCAAGCCAUCCAAGAAGGGCAAAGGGCAGCGCCCGCCCAAAGAGGGCCAGCAGAGCUUCAACCAGGACGCGCUCGCGCAGCUCACCUCCCGCAUCGACAAGAGCCUCGGCGGCGGCGACCACAAGCGCAAGCAGCCGCCUACCGCCGCCUCGGACAAGCAGCACCCCAAGCGGCAGCGCGCCUCGACGGAUGCGCCGCCCCGGGACGCGAAAGGCGCCAGCGAUGAUCAGGCGGCCCUGCUGGCCGAGAUCAAGGCCCUGGGCGGCGACGAGUCGGACCUCGAGCUCAUCAACGGAGUCGACUCAGACGAUGAGACGUAUGCUCAGGACUCCAAGAAGCCUAUUGACAAGGCACUGAAGGAGGAGCUGGCCGCCCUAUCCAAGGAACUCGGCUUCGCUGCCAUAGUGCCCGAGGAGGCGAGCGACGCGGACGACGGGCCCGACGAGGAGGAGGAAGAAGACGAGGAGGAUGUUGAUGAGGAAGAGGACGACGAGGACGAGGAUGACGCCGAUGAGGACGUCGCUCCCCGCAAACCAGGCGGCAUGACAUUUGAGCCCCUCGCGGAUUGGCACUCGGCUGGUCUGCGCAGCCUGCCUGGCCCCACGACCGACCAGCUCGGCUCCUUCAUGUCCGCCGUCGAAUCCCUCAAGCAGUACGCCAAGUCGCUCCUGGAGCAAGAUGCCGCCAAGUACCGUGGAAGCGUCUUUGCGUCCUCGUCACACAAGUUCUUGUCGACCAUCAUGUCUUCUGGUACCCUUACCGACAAGGUCUCGGCUCUGACGCUGGCAAUCCAAGAGUCGCCCGUCCACAACAUCCGCGCCUUCGAUGCCCUCAUGAAUCUGGCCUCCAAGAAGAGUCGCGCGCAGGCCAUCGGCGCCAUUGGUGCACUGGUCGAUCUUCUCGGGCCGGGCACGCUUCUACCAUCUGACCGCCGUCUCAAAACCUUCCAGAGCCAGCCCGGCUUACUUGGCGCCCUUCAGCGGAACUCGAUCAAGUCGUGGGAUCCAAGCCAGAGGCUACCCGGAAAGGUUACGGAAGCCCAUCUGAUUGCUUGGGCGUACGAGGACUGGCUCAAGGCGACAUACUUCAAAAUCAUCCAACUUCUGGAGGUCUGGUGCUCGGACGAGAUUGAGUACUCGCGCAUGAAGGCCGUCGACUUUGUCUAUGGCCUCCUCAAGGAGAAGCCAGAGCAAGAGUCGAACCUUUUGACGCUGCUCGUCAACAAGCUGGGCGACAGAGACCGCAAGAUUGCUUCUCGGGCCUCGUAUCUUCUCCUGCAGCUCCAGGUUUCGCACCCGGGGAUGAAGCCCAUCAUCAUUCGUUCCAUUGAACAGGACAUUCUCCUUCACCCCUCACAAGACACACGAUCCAAGUAUUAUGCCAUCAACACCCUUAACCAAACAAUUCUCAGCAACAAGGAGCCUGAAGUUGCCGAGUCGCUGGUCCGCAUCUAUUUUGACAUCUUUGUUACGCUUCUAAAAACCGGCAGCCUCGGCAUUGGCGCACAGAGCAACCAGGACAACCGGAAAGAGGCUAAGAUUCAGGGCGGGAAGCCGAAUGGAAAGCCCAAGGGCAAGCCGCCAGUCAAACAGGGCAAGCCGGGGUCCGAGAAGCCUUCGGUGCCUGAGACCGAGGCCGCUGACAAGCUGGUGUCUGCCGUCUUGACUGGCGUCAACCGAGCUGCGCCGUUUGUUGGGGCCAACGAUGCGAUCAUGGAGAACCAUCUGAACACGCUAUUCACGAUUGCGCACUCAGCAAACUUCAACACUGGCAUCCAGGCCCUGCUCCUGAUUCAGCACCUGUCGUCAGCGAGGAACCUGGCCACAGACCGCUUCUACCGGACCCUCUACGAGUCUCUGCUGGACCCUCGGCUGGUGACCUCGUCCAAGCAAUCUCUUUACCUGAACCUGCUGCUCCGCGCAUUAAAGAAUGACGUCGAUGUCCGGCGAGUCAAGGCCUUUGCGAAGAGGAUGCUCCAGAUCACAGGAAUGCACCAGCCGCCGUUUGUGUGUGGCCUGCUAUACGUCAUCUCACAACUCCGGCAGACAUUCCCCGACUUGUCAACGCUGGUGGAGGACCCCGAGACGUCCGUGUUUGACGACGAUGACGCCAAGGACCAGCCACUGUACGACGGACGCAAGCGCGACCCGGAGCAUAGCAAUGCCCACCGAAGUUGCUUGUGGGAAAUGAUCCCCGUUCAGACGCACUUCCACCCGUCGGUGAGCGUUUUUGCGGCUGCGUUGCUGGACAAGACGAGGAAGAUGCCGAAGCCGGACAUGGAGAGCCAUUCCCUGAUCCGGUUCCUGGACAAGUUUGUGUACAGGAAUCCCAAGUCUACAGAUUCCGCACGUGGCGCCUCCAUCAUGCAGCCGCUACGUGCGACCAAGGACCUCGGCGACAUCUGGCUGGGGAGCAGGGGUGCCGGUGCCACGUCCGCGCCCGUCAACUCGGCCGCCUUCUGGAACAAGAACGUUCAGGAUGUGGCUGCCGAGGACGUCUUCUUCCACGAGUACUUCCAGCACAUGGCCAAGGAGCCCAAGGAGAAGGCCAAGAAGGAGACGUCGGGUGAGGGUGACGAGGAGAAUGACGAGGACGAGAUUUGGGAAGCUCUGGUAUCGGCGCAGCCCGAUGGUGGCGAUGAUGGGUCCGACGCCGGGUUCGAUGACCUGGACGAGCUCGACAUGGCUUCAUCGGACGACGACUCGCCAGCUCUGUCCCUGGACAGCGAUAUGGAGGAUGGCGACGAGGACAUGCUGGAAGGCUCUGAGGACGAGGAGGGGGACUCCGACGGGCUCGUCGCGGCAGCGGAGGACGAGAGCGAGGAUGAGGCAAAGGACGAGGCAAAGGACAAGAAGAAGUCGCGGCGGAAGAUGCUCAAGUCGCUGCCGAUGUUUGCGUCGGUGGAUGAUUACGCAGAGAUGCUGGCGGGCGAGGAGGACGGGUUGUAG